UAAUUUUGACAGCAGGAGUUACCAAAUUCCUUCUGUUCAAGAAAAUUCGAUAAAAACGCCUCGGAACGAUGGCUUUCGGUGAUUAUCCCAAAGAAUACAAUCCAGCAGUGCAUGGACCAUAUGACCCGGCUCGUUAUUAUGGAAAGCCUGAUACACCUUUCAGUCAGUUGAAGAUUAGCGAGAUUGGUUCCUGGUUUGGGCGUAGAAACAAGACCCCAGCGGCUGUAGCUGGUGCUUGCAGCCGAGCUUUCUGGAGAUGGCAACACAAGUACGUGCAACCUAAGAGAGUGGGCAUGGCGCCAUUCUUCCAGCUUGUGGUUGGAUCAAUGGCAUUCUUCUAUGCUAUCAAUUAUGGCAAGAUGAAGCACCACAGGAACUACAAGUACCACUAACAAGUAAUCCAGAGUUUCAAUCAAGGUCACUUAUUGCAGCCGUUAUGCAUAUUUAUUGUUAUGAAUUGAAGUGAUUAUGUACCAUUAGUGUUUGAGGUGAACAGCUUUGCAAAUAAAACUGUACUAGUGAAUCUGA